GGAUCAGCUGGUCGAUCAGAUGAAGGAGACCAGCGGCACAUCCUCGAAGGUCUGCAAGUACGACCGCGACUGCAAGUCCUUGAAUUGUACGGACACGCACCCGAACGGGCGCGAGAUCGAGGACGUUCCGAUGACUAUCAUUUGCAGGUUUCAGCGCUCGUGCAAGCGCCAGGGCUGCUUCUACGUGCACCCGAACGGCCGCGAGAUAGACGAGAGCCCGUCGCUCGGUGUGUGCAGGCAGGGCAAGGACUGCAUCAUGCCCGACUGCAUAUUCGCUCACCCAGACUGCCGGGCCCCGGUCCUCAUGAAGUGCGACCGGUGCCAACAGUUGGGACACACGAAGUCCACCUGCCCCCAGAUCAAGGAGGGCGGCGAGCUCGUCGGCACGUCGAAGGCAUGCUCGUAGACGAGUUCCUGCCAGGGGACCCGUGCA